UGGUGAGUUUGUGCUCCAACUUUUUGUAAUUUCUUUCGCCUUCUCCCUUCACAGUGAAGCAGCGUGUGGCCGACUUUCUUUUUCUGAGCCGCAGUUUGACUUGAGAUUGAUUUGAGAACACACUUAACUAAACGAGUUUCAGGAAGAAAACGGAACCAACCGACUGACUUCAGAUCAGUAACCACGUCAUCAGCGGAGCUCUCCACGGGUAAACCAGCUUAAUUAAAGAGCAGCAGAUAUCAAAAUUACGUGACAGAAUUAUGCACAAUGACCAAUACAAGCCCACGGUUUAACUCACAUGGUGAUACUGGAAAACAGAGGGAUAGUGAGUUCAACACACUGGCUUCCAUAAGAGGCAACGGUGAGACAAUGGCAUGAGGAUAACCUGGAUUACUAAAGUAGACAAAUGACAGACGUGUCCUUCAAGCGUUCUGUGUACUGAACUCAUGCAGUUGGCUCCUCCUGGGAGAGUUGACUAUCAGGCAAAUUCCUCUCCGAUGUCUUCGUCAUACAGCCUCAAGAUGAAGUAUGUGUCUCUGGGGGUUCUGGUGUUGCAAACUACCUCACUGGUCCUCACAAUGCGUUACUCCCGUACCAUCAAGGAAGAGGGUCCUCGUUACCUGGCCUCGUCUGCUGUGGUCUCAGCUGAGGUGUUGAAGAUUCUCAUUUGCACCCUGCUGGUCUUCAGAGACAGCAAUUUCAGUGUUUGGGCAACAAUCUAUCUGCUGAAGGAGGAGAUUGUGGACAACCGUUUUGACACUAUGAAGUUAGCCGUACCUGCAGGGAUCUACACGCUGCAGAACAACCUGCUUUAUGUUGCCUUAUCCAACCUGGACGCAGCCACUUAUCAGGUGACAUAUCAGCUGAAGAUCCUCACCACAGCACUGUUCACUGUCUGCAUGUUGGGGAGAAGUCUGAAUUGGAAUCAGUGGGUGUCGCUGCUCUUACUCAUGGCUGGAGUGACUGUGGUGCAGUGGCCCACAGAUUCUGGAAGUGCAUCUCAGGAGAAGGUUCUGUCUGCAGGAUCCCAGUUUAUGGGGCUGAUGGCUGUGCUGAUGGCUUGUGUGUCGAGCGGCUUUGCUGGAGUUUACUUUGAGAAGAUCCUCAAAGGGACUAAACAAAGUGUGUGGCUCCGUAACAUUCAGCUGGGUGGCUUUGGCUUUAUUUUUGGCCUUAUAGGUAUGAUAGUAUAUGACGGCCAGAAGGUGAUGACUUCUGGAAUGUUUCAGGGCUACAGCAGUAUCACCUGGAUUGUUGUUGUCUUGCAGGCUGGAGGCGGUUUGGUCAUAGCAAUAGUCAUUAAAUAUGCAGACAACAUCCUCAAAGGAUUUGCCACCUCUUUGUCUAUCAUCAUGUCGACCCUCAUCUCAUAUUUUCUGUUGGAGGACUUUGAACCCACGAGUCUGUUUUUCCUCGGGGCGGUGCUGGUCAUUGCUGCCACGUUUCUUUACAGCUUCAAGGGCAAAUCUGACACAAGCAGCAAAGUAUAGAUGAGAGGCCUUGAGUUAAUGGGGCUACCUGAAGGGAUAAAAAGGACAGAGCAGCGGGAGCAUAUGCGAGAAGGAUUUGUCACCAAGAAGCCAAGACUGCAAGAAAACGCAGAAGUGAUGAACUCAGGAGAAUUGCAUAAACGUGUGCUUUUUGCACAUCUGUGAAAAUGUCACUCCUCUGCACACAAAACAGAGGUUAGAAGUGAGGAGACACAUUGCAGUAAAAAACAAUAGGAAUGUAUUUAAAGCAUAAAAGGGAGCAGGGGGAGACUGUCGAUGAAUCAAUGCAUUACUGACAUAAUGGGUAUUCUCUGUUUUAAUAUUACAAAGGUGGAAUUCUGUACCCAGGAAUAAGGGGAAAUAGGUGCAUUUACAACACAAUAGGGUAAUGAUGCUGAGAAUGUCUGCUUUAUCUGUGAUCGAGCGUCCAUGUCACGGUGCUGCAAAGAGGAGGGGUUACUGCUGUUCAGAGAUGCUGAAUACCCCUUAAAAAAUGAAAAAGAGGUAUGGAUGCUGUCACCUUGCUGCUCACAGUGUGAGUGUUAACAGCAAAACUGCUUAUUCCACUGUUACCUGAAUACAAAAGAUGUUUUCUUCUUCUUCUUUUUCUAAGAAGCAAUAAAUAAAUUAAGGCAUUAAAUAAAAACUGCCUUCAUUUUCACAAAUCAACAGAUAAAUUGGAGCUGUAAUUGUGUGCAUGCUCACAUAAACAUCGCUCAGCACACGCAUGAAUGUUUUGAACAUUGUUGUCUUGUAUUUUUUUUUUUUCUUCCCCCACUUCAAUUUGAAAUGCAACCAAACCUGGUCACCAUAGCAACAGAUAUCAGAAUGGGCUGGGUGAAUUAAUAAAACCUUAUUUUCUCCUUGCUGCAAAUUCCAAAUGAUAUUAAGAGCCAUUUGCAUUCAUCACUGACCCCCACACGACAGGUUUCAGUCAGAUCACUGAAAUAUGAAAAAGACAGAAAUAAAAAAACAAAAACAAAAAAUAAACCAACAUCAACAAAAAAAAAAAAAUAACUGGUGUCAUUUUGCCGCUUUGCCUUCUGGUUUUUGCUCGCAGAGUCACAGUCAAUUUUUGCAUAGUUGUGGAGAAAAUGAGCAUUUUGAGAUGCAGACAGUGUUUGUGAUGAAGUGUGCAGACGGGAGAAACAGCAGGCAGACGGAAGGUGAAGCGUUAACCUGGAGAGAGGCGCAGAUGGAGGAUGAGUCAUGUGACCGGUGUGUG